AUGGCCAGACAGCAGCUCCAGCUGAUGAACCUGCAUCUACUUGCCAACCCUGGAGACUCGCUGCUGUUGCAACAAACCCUGGACCUCCUGCUGCGGUGGCUGUGCCCGAGCCUCCGCAUCUUCCACGUGUCAGAGAGGGCCUCACCUUUCAGAGCUCACACCCACCUCCGUCUUUGUCCAGCUUCAGGCUACCCUUCUUUGGCCAUCACUUUCUUCCUCCAUGAGGCUUACGGAGAGGAACGAAUCCUCAAAGUGCUGGACUUCUUCCAGCGGCCGCCCUGGCAGUACCAUCACACUGAAAACUGUGGCAGCCGAACCGGAGGGGUCCACAUCACUUCCGGCGGUUCGUCCUCCGACCCCCUGCUGCGGCCCUACCUCCUGCCAAGCAGGGACUUUUACAGCCUUGGUGCAGGGAUGCCUGUGUGGGGGGUGCGACCUGUGCACUGCGGGGGGGAAAUACUGCGAGUGACGCUGUUCAGUAGCUAUGACAACUUCGAGGAUGCUGUGCGGCUUUAUGAGACGGUGCUGCAGCGGCAGGCAGAGGAGCAGAAGAUGGGAUUCUGCUGGUUCACCGUCCACACAGAGCCAGGCCUGUGCCUUCAGCUGGCUUUGAAACAGCUGUCUCCAGGGGUCCGUGUGGAACCGUGCAGUUCCGCUGUGCUCCAGUUCAGUGUAGAAGAAAUCGGCCAGCUUGUCCCACUGUUGCCCAACCCCUGCAGCCCCAUCAGCACCACACGCUGGCAAACAGAAGACCUGGAUGGUAACAAGGUUCUCUUUCAGGUGAAAACCCUAACACAACCUCAGCGACCUCUGACCUGCGCCUUUCCCCCAACCUGCGUGAACGUGCCCCCUCGAGGGCCACAGCUGCGGAGCUCCGGACAGAGCCACAGCCCGUCACCCUGCAGCCUCACCGCUCCUCUGCCCUGGAAGUCCUAUAGGCAAGGAUGCUUCAGCUUCUGA